CACCACCGCCAUCUUGUUUUGCCUGCUUGGCAGCAGCACAUCAGUCACUUCUUCUUCUCGGCACUUUGGCUCCUUUUCAGCCGCAUUCGAGCCUUCAUUUCGCACGCACACUUUGGAGAGGACACAGCGGCUGGUGAGUACGCUGCUGGUCUACAUGGUUAGCCGCUAGCUGCUAGUUAGCUCGCUGGUUUGACUUGGUCAACUUAGUUCGUCAGCGUUGCCAUGGCAACGUUCGCAGAGUACAUGGCGCAAAACGAGGAGCGCGACGGCGUGCGCUUAAGCUGGAACGUGUGGCCAUCCAGCCGCCUGGAGGCCACCCGCAUGGUGGUUCCGGUGGCGGCUCUCUUCACGCCGCUCAAGGAGCGCCCCGACCUGCCGCCCAUCCAGUACGAACCGGUUCUGUGCAGCCGCGCCACCUGCCGCGCCGUGCUCAACCCGCUCUGCCAGGUGGACUACAGGGCCAAGCUGUGGGCAUGUAACUUCUGCUACCAGAGGAACCAGUUCCCGCCGUCCUACUCCGGAAUCUCAGAAGUCAACCAACCGGCUGAGCUGCUGCCUCAGUUCUCCACCAUCGAGUAUGUGGUCCAGCGCGGCCCACUCAUGCCGCUGGUCUUCCUCUACGUGGUGGACACCUGCAUGGACGACGAGGACCUGCAGGCCUUGAAGGAGUCCCUGCAGAUGUCCUUGUCCCUCCUGCCGCCCACGGCCCUAGUCGGCCUCAUCACCUUGGGCCGCAUCGUCCACGUGCACGAGCUGGGCUGUGAGGGCGUGUCCAAGAGCUACGUCUUCAAAGGCACCAAAGACCUGAGUGCCAAACAGCUGCAGGAGUUUCUGGGUCUGAGCAAAACCGUGGUGUCUCAGGGACGAGGACCUCAACCUCCCCAACAGCCGCAGUCCAACAGAUUCCUGCAGCCGCUCCAAAAAGUGGACAUGAACCUGACGGACCUUCUGGGGGAUGUUCAGAGAGACUGUUGGCCCGUGGUCCAGGGCAGGCGUCCUCUGCGCUCGCUGGGCGUGGCCAUGUCCAUCGCUGUUGGCCUGCUGGAGUGCACCUUUCCCAACACGGGUGCUCGCAUCAUGACCUUCGUCGGGGGUCCGGCCACGCAGGGUCCCGGCAUGGUGGUAGGGGAUGAUCUGAAGACACCCAUCAGGUCUUGGCAUGACAUCGAAAAAGAUAAUGCCAAGUUCAUGAAGAAGGCCUCCAAGCAUUACGAGGCGUUGGCCAACAGGGCAUCUGCUAACGGUCAUGUGAUUGACAUCUAUGCGUGUGCACUUGACCAGACUGGACUUCUGGAGAUGAAGUGCUGUGCCAACAACACAGGAGGCUACAUGGUGAUGGCUGACUCCUUCAACACGUCGUUGUUCAAACAAACCUUCCAAAGAGUUUUCACCAAAGAUGUUCAGGGCUGCUUCAAGAUGGCCUUUGGCGCCACGCUGGAAGUCAAGACGUCCAGAGAGAUUAAAGUGUCCGGUGCCAUUGGACCCUGCGUGUCCCUCCACGCCAAAGGACCCUGCGUCUCUGAAAACGAGAUCGGCUGUGGUGGAAGCUGUCAAUGGAAGAUGUGCGCCUUGGACCCCAGCACCACCGUGGCGCUGUACUUCGAGGUGGUCAAUCAGCACAAUGCACCCAUCCCCCAAGGAGGUCGUGGAGCUCUGCAGUUUGUCACCCACUACCAACACUCGUCAGGACUAAGACGCAUCCGAGUGUCCACCAUCGCCAGGAACUGGGCGGACGCUCAGACUCAGAUCCAGACCAUCGCCGCCUCCUUUGAUCAAGAGGCGGCCGCCAUCUUGAUGGCCAGGCUGGCGGUGUAUCGGGCAGAGACGGAGGAGGGGCCAGAUGUUCUCAGGUGGCUGGACCGACAACUCAUCAGACUGUGCCAGAAGUUUGGAGAUUACCACAAAGACGACCCCAACUCCUUCAGGUUCUCUGAGACCUUCUCCUUGUACCCCCAGUUCAUGUUCCACCUGAGGCGCUCACCCUUCCUGCAAGUGUUCAACAAUAGUCCAGAUGAGAGUUCCUACUACCGACACCAGUUCAACCGGCAGGACCUGACCCAGGCGCUCAUCAUGAUCCAGCCUGUGCUCUACGCCUACUCCUUCAAUGGGCCACCAGAGCCCGUCUUGUUGGACAGCAGCAGCAUCCUUCCAGACCGCAUCCUGCUCAUGGACACCUUCUUCCAGAUCCUCAUCUACCACGGAGAGACGGUGUCUCAGUGGAGGAAGGCGGGCUACCAGGAUAUGUCUGAGUACGACAGCUUCCGACACCUUCUUCAGGCCCCAGUGGACGACGCCCAGGAACUGUUGCACGCUCGCUUCCCCAUGCCCAGGUACAUCGACACGGAACAUGGCGGCAGCCAGGCUCGCUUCCUGCUAUCCAAGGUGAAUCCGUCACAGACACACAACAACAUGUAUGCGUGGGGUGGCCAGGAGGCAGGAUCUGCCAUCCUGACGGAUGAUGUCAGCCUGCAGGUGUUCAUGGACCACCUGAAGAAGCUGGCUGUGUCCAGCGCCGCCUGACCACCUCCAUCCAUACAUGGAUGAUGAUGUCAUCCUGCAAGUGUUUAUGGACCACCUGAAGAAGCUUCCCCCUUCAUCCAUCUAUGGAUGAUGAUGACAUCCUGCAGGUGUUCAUGGACCACCUGAAGAAGCUGCCACCUUCAUCCAUCCAUGGAUGAUGAUGAUAUCCUGCAGGUGUUCAUGGACCACCUGAAGAAGCUGCCCCCUUCAUCCAUCAAUGGAUGAUGAUGACAUCCUGCAGGUGUUCAUGGACCACCUGAAGAAGCUGCCACCUUCAUCCAUCCAUGGAUGAUGAUGACAUCCUGCAGGUGUUCAUGGACCACCUGAAGAAGCUGCCCCCUUCAUCCAUCUAUGGAUGAUGAUGACAUCCUGCAGGUGUUCAUGGACCACCUGAAGAAGCUGCCACCUUUAUUCAUCCAUGGAUGAUGAUGACAUCCCGCAGGUGUUCAUGGACCACCUAAAGAAGCUGCCCCCUUCAUCCAUGGAUGGAUGAGGAUGUAAGCCUGCAGGUGUUCAUGGACCACCUAAAGAAGCUGCCACCUUCAUCCAUCCAUCUGCUAGUCACACGUGAACCAUCCCCCACUGACGGCCAUCUUCUUUUCAUCUCAUCUUUCCUUGUCAAACUUUUGUCUCUGCCCGUGUUGCAAUGGUGACAUCAGGCUUCCCUGAGGGUUGCCAUGCAAACGGUACAGUCAUGUGACCAGACAAAGUGUGGUUCGUAGAUAAGACAAAGAUUCGGAAGGGACCCUCUAAAUAAAAAGCAUGUAUGUCGUAACUAUGACAACAGCACAAUAUCACUCCCACAACCUUCUCACUUCCUGUCAUUUUCUAAACACUUCCUGCAGGAAACAGGAAGCGUCUGGGUCUCCAUGCCAACCAGCGCGCGUGUGUGUGUGUGUGUGUGUGUGUGUGUGUGUGUGUGUGUGUGUGUGUGUGUGUGUACAAUGCGUAGAAUGUGUCUGACACACACACCCACACACACGUCCUAUCAGUAUUCAUCCUCUGUGUGCGUUUAUGACACACAUGACAUGUCAACAACAACAAAUGUACAAAUUGUAUUCUUACUACUUUCAAGAGUCCACUUGGAAAGAAAACAUGGUAGCGGAAGGAAAGGCGGAAGUCAUGUGACUAAAUAAAUGACCACAACACA